AUGGAGAACACUGCCGAAAUCAAUAUUAUCAAGGAUUUUGUCCGUAAAUCCGCACACGAGGAAAUGGAGCGGGAUGGUUAUACCCGGUUCCCCUUAGUAACCCAGCGGGAGUUAUGGAAAUGGAACAAGACUGUGAAAAGUUCGAAAAAAAUAACCGCGCCAUCCUUCCAUUACUGUAAGUUGCCGGGUGCGGAGUUUCUGACGUCGGACCUAGAGGCGUCACCUCGAAACCCGAUUCGGGAAAAAGUCGAGGAGCUUAUAAUGCAGGGGCCCAGUAUGGUGGAGUGCGUCGCGGUUCCCGAGUCUGACCAGAAGUCGCCACUUGACUUCAUGACAGCACACCCCAUUCACACCCGUGAUGCGAUUUCCUUUAUUCCGCUAACAGGAAAUGCCGACUGGGAUAACGGGUUGUUUGCGAUUUGUACUGGCUCUCAUUAUCAGAGUCUCGAGCAAUUUUACCGCCAGCCUGAGCGAGAUAUUCACCGGAUUGUGGUCGAGCAAUACUGGGUCCUUCCAGUUGAAGGGGCGACCUUUGUUCAACCGUCGCCGAACGGUGGUAUGAAGAUGAUUUGGCGUGUCCCUUCCCUCACCCCGAGAUUCCGUGAUCUCCAAUGGACUCUUUCAGCUUGCAGGCUGCUGGACAUUCUAUCUGCCAUGGCGGGAAGGAAGCCCCAGCGUAUUAUCCAGGCAAAGGAUAUCUUUGAUUGCAUGCUGCGCCAAUUGAAUAACGUCUCAAAAUAUUUUGAAAAGGACCACACCCAGUUAGUCUUGAGGAUCGAUCCCAAACCAGACCAAGACAUCCGAUUAGCUGCUCUGUUCAUGAGUGGAGAAGACCCUCGGGAUAGGAGUUUUUAUCGACUACUGGGUUCAAGGUCUUUGGCAUUGGAAAGGGAGCAAUGGCCCAGCAACAGACCGUCAGAUAGGGGUAUGAUCAUCCCAAAGACCUACGGGAUAGUCAGCAAAUUUCUCCGCAGUCAAGGGCUAGAGGCCUCUACGUUUGUUAGAGAGGCAUUACGGUCUGGUCAGAUCCUUCUCCGUAUUGAGGAGGGUGUUGGAGUUCCGGGAAUCUCCUUGUGUCUGCUCCCGGUAUUCCCGAAACUCCAGCACUUGCCACGGGACGAAGAAGCCAAAGCUAUACAGUUAUUAAAAGGUAGUUCGAUGAUUCUAAGAUUGGCUGCACGCCUGUCCCUCUGCUUGUUGGGCGUUAUGGAUACCAAGCAUGGUACAACUAUCACAUCGAUGGUCGCCGCAAAGCUUCGUCGCCUCCAUCGGGAGAAUCCGCCCACGACGCCGUCGCCUUCUCCGUGGGUUCGUCCUCGUUCAUCCUCUGAAGAGAUGUGUUUUCACACCUGCGCCCCCUCGGUUUCGCCGGAAUGGGAGGGAUUUCCAUCCUCUCCUGCUUCGGCGGAGCCGGACGGAGUCGAAUCGCCCUCUCCGGACGUGUCUGGUAAGUCCGGUGCGUUUAUUUUCAUCGCCCCUUUGUCUCCAUCGGCGGCUUCGGUCGUCCAGGUGCAGACUACCCCUGCGCCGGUCCAUGUUGAUACGAAUGGUUUGCCUUUGGCCCAGGGGGGGUAG